GGUCACAUGCGGAUGUCGGACAGCUGGGUGGACUAAUUGGAGUCGCUGCAGCGCGGACCAAGGCCCUCCAAGGGGAGGGUUCGGAGUGACGUGCGCGCUUUUAAAGGGUCGAGGUCAGCUGACCGCUUGCCACCGGUGACCACUUCGUGGACGGGGAUUGGGGAUUGCGGGGAGCCAUGGUGGGGGCAGAGCCAAGCAGACCCCCUGGACCACCGAGCUACUGGACAGGCCGGCGGGGUCAGGGGCUCGCAGCGAUCUUCCUGCUCCUGGUGUCCGCCGCGGGAUCAGAGGCCAGGACAGAGGAUGACUUCAGCCUGGUGCAGCCGCUGGUGACCAUGGAGCAAUUGCUGUGGGUGAGCGGGAAGCAGAUCGGCUCCGUAGACACUUUUCGAAUCCCGCUCAUCACAGCCACCCCUCGGGGCACGCUCCUGGCCUUCGCUGAGGCUAGGAAAAAGUCUGCAUCCGAUGAGGGGGCCAAGUUCAUCGCUAUGAGGAGGUCCACAGACCAGGGUAGCACGUGGUCCUCUACGGCUUUCAUUGUAGACGACGGGGAGGCCUCCGAUGGGCUGAACCUGGGGCUGUGUUGUGACGACGUGAGACACAGGAGUGGUGUUCUCAUCUAUACCCUCUGUGCUCACAAGGUCAACUGCCAGGUGGCCUCUACCAUGCUGGUUUGGAGUAAGGACGACGGCAUUUCCUGGAGCCCACCACGGAAUCUCUCCGUGGAUAUUGGCACAGAGAUGUUUGCCCCUGGACCCGGCUCUGGCAUUCAGAAACAGCGGGAGCCUUGGAAGGGCCGGCUCAUUGUGUGUGGACACGGGACGCUGGAGCGAGAUGGGGUCUUCUGUCUCCUCAGUGAUGACCACGGUGCCUCCUGGCACUAUGGGACUGGAGUGAGCGGCAUUCCCUUCGGCCAGCCCAAACACGAUCACGAUUUCAACCCCGACGAGUGCCAGCCCUACGAGCUUCCAGACGGCUCAGUCAUCAUCAACGCCCGGAACCAGAAUAACUACCACUGCCGCUGCAGGAUCGUCCUCCGCAGCUAUGACGCCUGUGACACCCUCAGGCCCCGGGAUGUGACCUUCGACCCUGAGCUCGUGGACCCUGUGGUAGCUGCAGGAGCGCUAGCCACCAGCUCCGGCAUUGUCUUCUUCUCCAAUCCAGCCCAUCCCGAGUACCGAGUGAACCUGACCCUGCGCUGGAGCUUCAGCAAUGGCACAUCCUGGCAGAAGGAGAGGGUCCAGUUGUGGCCGGGACCCAGCGGCUACUCAUCCCUGACAGCCCUGGAAAACAGCACGGACGGGAAGAAGCAGCCCCCGCAACUGUUCGUUCUGUACGAGAAAGGACUGAACCGGUACACGGAGAGCAUCUCCAUGGUCAAAAUCAGCGUCUACGGCACGCUCUGAGCCGCGCGCCUAAGGACACCAAGUCCUGGACCCUGACUUCACAGCUCUCUGGACCGUGUGCAGAGGGUGCCUGAAACACAGCGCUUCCUCCGAAUUCCCCUUCAACGGGGAAGUCACUCCGUUAUGACUUAACGCCCAGCUUCCUCUUCCCAGAGAGGAAGUCCCUGCCUCACCAGGAACACUGGUUUUCCACAAUGUUGGGGACGGUCCCUGUCCAUUCUCCUCCAGGACAACGGAGCUGUUCCUUUCUGGGACAGGAUGGGGGAGGGGCUCCCCCUGGAGAGGUGAAUAGAUAUGAACUCAGGGAACUGGGAAGGCCCGGUGUCCUAGGGUAUUGGAGGCAGGUACUAGAUGUGAUUGCUGAAAGUCCCCGGGGCAGAGUGUCCUUUCAGCGCAAGGAUAAACACACACACACACACACACACACACGUGCACCCCCUGAUUAUUUAUGAAUCGAAAUAUUUGUGACUUAAAAUUUUUAAUGCAAAA